AUGUGUUUGUCUAGAAUUGGUCAGAUUGCUUAUGGGGGAUUUGCCCUAGCUUCUGUUGGCUUAAUUCUUGGUUCAAUAUUUACACCUGCAUGGCGACAAGUUGCGUCGAAUUUGCAGCAAGGCCAGCUUGGCCAAUUGCCCCCAUUGAAUAUGGGACUGUUUGCAUUUGCCUGUCAACGCUCAAGUGAUAACACACAGAGUGCAUAUAAUGGCAAUGUUCAAUCGGGUACAGUAAAUCAAGGCUACAAUACAGCAAAUCAAGGUUUUAACACAGCAAAUCAACAAGGAUAUGGAACAACAAAUACUAAUUAUAAUACUAAUUAUGGUAAUCAACAACCUAUACAACAAGUUAAUUCUGGUUCAACAGCCAUAACUGUUAGUACACAGAGUGGAACUCGUUAUUUGGAUUUGUGUAUUGAAAUGUGGAAUAACCAACCAUUAUCAGAAAAAAUAGUUAUUGUUUUAAUGAUUUUGGGUUUAAUCACUGCUAUAGGCUCUUUUAUUUGGAAUCUUUUAACAAUUUGUGCUUGUUUUUGUCAUGGAUCUAUUUUAAAACCUUUACCCGGACUUUCUUUUUCUUCUUUUGUUUUUACUUUAGUUGCUGUGAUUAUUUAUUGGUCACGUAAUAAUUCUUCGAUAAAUCAACUACAAAGUAUUACAAGUAUUCAAUCAUUGAACAGUCAAAGUGAUUUAAGUUAUAGUUUUUAUUUGGCAUGUGGUUCUGCUGUAGCUUCUCUUGCAAAUGUUAUUGUUGGAACUCUUGUUGUGUUUUUAGCUGAUAAAUGUAUAUAA